AUGAGUAAUCUCUCAUAUUACCAUUCUAAAAUUCAAACCAAAAUAAUAAAGAUUGUUUCCAUAUUCUUUCGUUGCAAUUAAGUAUAAAUUAUUAUAAUUAAAUCUCACUUCCAUAAUAUAUUUUAAAAAUUCUAAUAUCAAACCAAAUUUUUUGGUAAAGAAUCAUAUAAUCGUCUUCUAACUCGUUUAAGAGUAAGUGUACAUAUGCAUGUCUUCAAUAUCUGAA